AUGGAUCAAGCGGCAAAUCUCACCAGCGGCACCGGAGCGACUCUCGCCGCCGUCCUUCAACAUUGGCAUCACAAGGCAGUACCUCGAAAAGCCGGAGUUGAACCUCUACCAGACGAGCCGAAAAGGGCAUACGCAGGCACAAAGGUCGACAUCACCGAGUUGCAGCCCUGUACUCCGAGAACACCCAACAAGACCUUCUCGGAACCGCCCCUGCGAGAGUGGCCUCAGGAACCCGUCCCCAUCACCAAUGAACCAGUCGUCGAGCGAUGUCUGGACGCCGUCGACGUGAUCUUGUGUCUCCUGCCCUGCGUCCUCAUCGUCAAAGCCGGGCUCUGCGUCCUGGCUUCUGAAAUUGACAAGACCCACGUGGGUGCCUCGAUCGACAAGACCAGUCAACUGACCCUCCGCCUCAUCGAGUUCAACAGCCAACUCACCACCAUUUUCACCAUCAUCUUCAUCGUCAUUGUCUCCACGACCGUGCGGCGGUAUGCGCUGUGGAAGGCGGAAAAGGGGGCUACCCUCGGGGAGAUUGAACAACUGCACGCAUCCAUCAGCUUAACGGCGACCCUCAAGGCAAUCUGGUCCCUGCGGCGGUUCACACUCACGGGCCUGAGCCUGGUCUUUCUCUGGUCCUGGUACUACGUGGGAUCUCAGGCGGCGUCACGGGAGUACUCGUACCGGGACUCGGCCAGCUUUGGGACUCAAUCGGUCGCAUUUCUCAGUUCGAACGCGGUGUCUCCGUUCCAAGGAGACCAGAUCGACAUCGACAAGGUCUCGCCUGUCAAACUGACCGACAUGACGGCGCGGUACCAUUUGUACAGUUCGUUCACGGCGGGCACGCAGCAGACCAAUGUGCAAGGCGUCCGAGAGGUACAGGGCGCCGACAUCUAUGGCGCCACUCUGACACCGUGGUACGGCCAUCCGCGCGAUAGUUCCGCACUCGAACUCGAUCGGCAUGGCUGGUUGGAGAUCCCGCACAUGUCUGAUCAGCCCGUCAUGUCGUCGAUCGGCACAUCACUGUACUGGCUGAACCGGACGGCCGGGGUGAACGCCUGGACACCGCAGAAAAUGGUCGGGUCUUUCGUCUACCAGGUGUCCAACUUCCAAGCCAACUGCACGGCGCCGUUCCUGUCCACGAAGGCGAAGCCCAAGGGCUCGCUGCCCGCCAUGUCGACGACGAUGAACAUGACGACGAUGUCGUCGGAUGCGAGCCAGCCCCGCGAACUGUACUUCUGGAACUUUGUCAACGACACGCACAGCCUGACCUCGACGUGCGAGAUGACCAACGUGACUGUCCAGAUCGAGGCCAUCUGCACGGCCGCGACCUGCAAGCCCACGCGGAUGAAACACAUCAGCACGUCUCCGCGCACCUUACUGGACUCUGACGUCUUCGCGACGCCUUUUUUCAACUCCAUGCUCCUGGCGUGCGGCUUGCCGCAACACGAGGGCGACUACUCGACGUUCGACAACGACAACGGCCUCGUCGAUCUCAAGAACGACCUCGCGCAACAGACGCUCAACGAUCCCUCACAACUCGAACGAGCCAGCGCGGACGCACGAUUCCCCCUGUCCAUGGCCAUCACGCGGUACAUGAAUACGUACUUCACGUCGUCGCAGAUGCUGCGAUACGAGCACGGCUUCCAGAACGACCUGGCGGUGAACGGGUCCACUGCGCUGACCCAGCACGGCUCGGACUUCAGCUUCCUGACCAUGGACGGCGCCAUCUACAACCCGCAACACGCCCUGUCCUGGCCGUGGCUGGCCAUGGACAUCAUCUCCAACAUGGUCCUCCUCGCCACGGCCAUGGGCGCGCUGUGGCUACGGAAGCACACACUGGCGCCGGACAUCUUUGGGUUCGUGAGCAGCUUGACCCGAGACAACCCGCACCUGAACCUGCCGGAGGGAGGGAGCACGCUGUCGGGGAUCGAGCGCAGCAGGAGGAUGAAGAUGGUCAAGGUCAAGAUCGCGGAUGUGGGAGAAGACUCGAGCGUCGGGAGAGUGGGUUUGACACAGGUGGAUGGGUUCGAGGAGGCGAAGGACUUGGAAAAGGGGAGGACUUAUUAUUGA